AUGGAGGCAAGUACGUGGAAUUGUUCUCAAUGUACCCGAGCCAACAGGGCCGACUGCACGAUGUGUGCUUUCUGCGGUGGUACUUCUGCCAGUGCGGCUGCACCGUCGGUGUUAUCUCCGCAGGCUGCGUCGUUGAGUCUGUUGGAUGAAUUGUUUUCCAUCACAACGGAGGCAACCGCCACUACUCACGGCGGUGGCGGUGCUGAACAGGAGAAUGCACAGGAACACAUGGGCUCAACGUUACCAUCACAAGAUCUCAAGGAUGACUUUUUUCUUCAGUUUUAUGAAAAUGGAACAACAAGUGAUGACUCGGGGCAUUGUGAUGCCUCAAGAAUUGUUACGAUUGAGCAGUUGUAUGAGCGGCGGAUGUUGAUUGAGAAUCUCCUCAGUGAUGGUGUUGCUCGGUGGUAUGAGGUGUCCAUUCUAUUACAACGGUUUUGCUCAAUCUUGGAAUUGGACAAACCACAGAUACAGGAAGUAAAUCAACCAUUUGGGGACCAUUCUUUGACAACUUUGACUAAUGCUGAAUCAAUGGAACGAUGUUAUCUUGAUUUUUUAUGCACAUCACCCUUUGUGGAGUUUUUACAAACAUUUAAACACGUUUCUGUUUUCCCAACACUAACAACCUUACCACUAGUCGAAUCACUUUACCAGUGUGUACAGGAAUGGGUGGAGGGUCAAAAUGGUUUGUGUGUUGUGCUCUCCAAUUUGUCUCUGGUGAAAGAGCUUCAGCUAUUGAUUCAGGCAAUAUCGGAUAAAUUUGCUUCUGCCGUGUUAAAUUCUGCUCGCUCAGUCUAUGAGGCGUUAUUAUUGUCAGCGUUAACUGAUAUUUGUAGAUAUUGUAUACAAUUAAUGUGUACGUCUAUCCCUCAUGAUCUCUACCCAUUUUCAGGAAGAACCUUAAAGUCUGUUGUACAUCACAAUUCUAUUAUUAUUUCCCAUGUAGAUAAAGAGUUACAAAACUAUCAAAAAAUGUUGCAACUAUUAAAUAUGGCUCGCUCUACAGCGUACCACAAAUGCUCAGAAGAUAUCCAGGCAAAUGUUUCCCCUCUUAUAGCUGAACUUCUCUCUAUUUUUGACAUGUUUUCUCUGGCACCUGUGUUAUCUAUUGACAAACACAAGACCGAAGAAAACCGUUGCAAACUAAGUGGACUCAAGCUGAAUUCUAGUAAUCAUUAUGAAGGGGAGGUCGAGGUAGAUAAUUUUGUAAGUCGCUAUUGGAAAGAAACUAUGGGUCUUCCCUUACCCUUAUAA